AUGGCUCGGCUCAUCGACAGAGACAACGGUGUGCGCACGAGACCGAUGCGGGUCAUUUGUGUCGGCAUGUGCAGAACGGGCACGCUCGGCCUGUACUGGGCCCUUAACGCGCUGGGCUAUCGGACAUACCACUCAGUCGAGGCCCUGAAGGAUGGCGAGCGAGGCAUGAAACUCAUGCGGGAGUCGUACGUCGCCAAGUAUGAAGAGGGGAAACCCUACGGCCGGAACGAGUUCGACAAGUGGUACGGCGAGUUUGACGCCGUUUGCGAUGUUCCCGCCGCUUGGUUCGUCGACGAGCUGUACGCCGCCUACCCCGACGCCAAGUUCAUCCUGACCGACCGCGAUCCCGAUUCGUGGCUAAGAUCGAUGCACAAUACCGCCUUCGCCUGCGUCAAGUCGCCAAUGAUACGAGUUCUCGGCUGGCUCGACUGGAAGCUCAUGAAACCUUUCUGGGACAUUUCCGUGAACCUUACCAACCAUUGGUGUGGCCAGCCGGAUGACUCCAAGUCCAGGCGUCUUUACUGCGAGCAUGUCGAGCAUGUAAAGGCCACCAUCCCACCCGAGCAGCUGUUAUACCUGAGAUUGGAGGACGGCAUCACUUGGGAGAAGAUAUGCCCAUUCUUGGGCCUUCCCAUCCCGGACAAACCAAUGCCCGAUGGAGCAAAGAACGGUCCUAUUUUCUUCCAUCAGAUAGCCCAAGACUUCUUCAACCGGGCAAUUCUUGGCAUGGUGAAACGCUGGCUCGUCUACUCGUCCGUCCCCAUGGUCGCGGCAGGAGCCUGGUACGUCCAUCGCCAGCCUGGAGCGUUAUGGCUACCAUGGUAG